AUGUCCUCCUCCAGCGUACCCUCAACAGCCAGACUCACGAUCGAGGAGGUUCUUAAAGUCUUCCUCAUCGCAUUCAACGCCGCUGUGGCCGCAUUUCGCCCAAUCUCUGUCACUUCUUUCGGCGUCAGCGACCUUGGCAACAACCAUAUACUGGUAACACUCGAUCGCAAGAGCCACGGCCAGGUGCCCGUAGGGACCUCAGAAGCGCUCAAGAUCUCUUACAAGAAGCUGAACCUGUGCGACACCUUCUGCACGAUCUUCUACAAUGAGGUCGAGACGCGACUACACUCAUACGACGUCAACGUCGAUUAUGCCGUACUCGAGAAUCCUAGACCGACCCAAGUCCUCCACAUCCGCAACGAAAAGAUCUCGAUGCGCCAUUCUAUUCUUGUCAUCCGCAAGCAAGACGAAUCCGAGAUCAUCUUUGAUGGCACAGCAGAGCAAUUCGGGUGGCCAGCGACAAUCGCGAUUAUAAACGGCGACAAGUUUUGGCAUCAUUACACCCGUGAUGACCAGUACAAAUUCGACUUGCACCACAGAGAUAUGAGUCUGGAAGACCACAAAGAGUUUUGCCAGGGAUAUUGGCACAAAAUCGGGAUCAGCUUGCGCAAGAUGCUGCAGAGCUUCGACUGGGCGAUGCUGGAGGGCAUGGCGACUAGCGAUCGAGAAGACUACGUACGUGGGGAAGCGACGCAAAGGGCCCGGGAUGCUGCUCAAGCUUGUUGGGGAUAG